AUGUUCGAGUUCGUGUCCAUGGACCCUGCUGGUCGAGCAUUGCCCGCAGACAGGCUGCGCAUCCGGAGCCGGGCUGCCAAGGACAAGAAUAAACGUCCAGAUUCACGCCGCUCUCGCAGGGAAGCUAAACGUCUUGCAUUGCUAGAGAAAGAGGCUGCGGCGUGUGCAAGCCUCCCAUCCCCGCCUCCUCACGACCUGCAGCUUGUCCCGUUCGCAGAGAAGCUAGGUGGCGAUUCUCAAGAACUUCUAUACAAGAUAUUCUCCUUCAAGAAAUUAGAGCAAGGAAAGCCUCCGUUGGAACGAUGCAUUGACUUUACCCUUUGGGACGCCGCUUGCUUUGAGUGGUUGCAACAAGACAUUGCGUUCCUGCAGUCGGUACUUACUUCGGCAGCCAUGGUGGACGAUGCCAAUCGACUCUCAAAGAAAGAACCUGGCAAUAAAAUGUGGUAUCACCUCCACCGUACUAUUACUAUUCUGAACAGCAGAUUGAGCGAAGAAGAUACCCAUCUGCAAGAUUCAACGCUCAAUGUGGUUCUCACGCUCUCCAUCUUGGCAUGUGCCUUGGGUGAUCGUGUUGGCCUGAGAACACAUCUUUCAGGCCUUUGCAAGAUCGUGCAACUAAGAGGUGGUAUUGCUUUCCUUCUUGAUCGACCGAUGCUCCACUUUAGAAUCAAUCACAUUGAUCUCACGUGGACCUUGAUGUCAGGCGAACAUCCCUUCUUUCUACCUGCCUUCACAUCUUGGACAAGGGUGUUCCCUAACAAUCGAAUCGUGGAUCCCAGGAAGAGCAGUCUCUCGGCCACCAGAUUUAUUGUUGAUGAGCGACUAGUUGCUGUGUUCCAAGACAUGCAACAUGCAGUACGGCUGCUCAACCAAGGUGUAGACACGAAAAAAAGACACACUGGCGACACGUUCCAGCCGAUACUGAAUUCUGUACAAUCACGCCUGUUACGUCUGGAAGGUCAAAUUGAUGAUACAUUUUCCGAAUGCAUGCGACUAGCUAUGCUGGCUUUCCAUUCACAUGCGAUGAACUUCCCUUCCGUUCAAUUUCGCGCUACUUACUUGGAGACGCGCCUCAAGUACACGUGGAAGCUCCUAGACCAGGAUGAUGACUAUAAGGAGAAGGACCGCCUCGCUUUAGAAUUCUGGAUUGCGGUGGUAGCUGCAGGCUCACUGUCAGGAUUUCGCAAUGACUGGCUUACGCAACGCUUUAUUGCCACAGUGCGUGAGCACAUACCAACUUGGAAGGAGGCCAACAAGCGGCUCAUGAGUGUCAUGUGGAUUGAGGGCAUACAUGAUGUGCCAGGAGAGAUAACCUUCCGACGCUUGUUCCAGCACGACCAGGAGAAGGACUCACAACCGCUUCAAUCACCACGAGACAAUUGA